AUGAUCGCAAACGAGACCCAUCCCGUAUAUCCCGUCGAAUCUCCGGCACCGACUUUGCUGAAUGGCAUCCCGGACCAGUACUUGAUUAUUCUACUUCCAAUCGUCAUCCACUGGGCAGCGUCUGCGGUCUUUGAAGUCUUCGAUCGAUUUGACUGGCUGAGCAAAUAUCGGAUACAUACAUCGGCGGAGGAGCUCACGAAGAACAAAGUCACUCGGUGGGACUGCUUUGUCUCAACAAUAAAAUGCCAGGCCAUGCAGACUUGUCUUGGAAUUGCUCUUACCUGGAAUACCGACCCCGAACUGAUGGAAGACGUCGAAGCGGGAAUCGCGAUGUGGACCAGACGCGCACGCGUUGUCUUGAUGGCCUUGAAGCAGGUCAUGGCAUCCAUUAGACCCCUCCUCGGAGUAAGUGAUUCUGCUCUAUCAUGGCCCCGAUCUGCGAUUGAUAUCGCCCGCGAUACGCCAAGCGCACUCGAUCUGUCAGCGGGCAAGGCCUUGUACUGGUAUCUGGUGCCACUAGUCAAGAUCAUUGUUGCACUGCUGGUAGCAGACGCGUGGAUGUACACCAUACAUCGCAUGGAGCACACAAAUAGGUGGAUGUACAAACACUUCCACUAUCAACACCACCGGCUAUAUGUUCCAUAUGCCUGGGGCGGAUCGUACAAUCACAUAUUCGAUAGCAUCGUCGUAGAUGGACUUGCCUAUAGCAUCGGUUGCUGGGUGACGGCAUUGCCCACCCGUUCAACGCUAUUGCUGUUUGGGUACUCUACGCUGAAGAAUGUAUCAGACCACUGCGGCUAUGUAUUUCCAUGGGACCCGAUACGAGCAAUCACUGGCACCGAUGCCAGUUUUCAUGAUGUCCAUCAUCAAAGUUGGGGUCUCAAGACAAAUUUCGGCGCUCAUUUGGCUGUCUGGGACUGGCUGAUGGGAACGCACUUUGACGAUGUUGCGGAGAUUGCACGCCAUCGGGCUAGAAGCCGUUUGAACGCGGAGAAGAUGCUGCUGAGGAGUACUGCUCAACGAGAGGCGGACAGGGGCAGGUCCAUCGAUGCAGCGAAGCUGGACUGA